AUGUCGGACUUUCAAAGAAAAUUGUUUCAAAAUAAGCUUUUAAAGGCUGAGCACAGUCUGGGAUUCGAUGCAGGCGACGAUGAAACCGAAGAUUCUUUUGGGGAUCUAACUCCACUUCCAAAUCUUCGUAAUGGACGGAGGCAUUCCAUUGAAGAAGACCACGACUCUAGAGUCAAAGAGGAUAAGGAAUAUGUUGAAAAGCUACCCAAGUGGACAGAUUUCUUUGAUAAUAAUGAUAUUUAUCGAGAUACAAACUCUGGAUAUUGUUUUCAGACGUAUUAUGCCGAACCUAUCUUGAAGGAAAGGAUGCUCGCAGAUACUUUUAACAAUCCUGUGAUUUUUGUUGCACAUCAUGGCGCCGGAUCAUCAGGAUUGACAUUUGCCAAGCUUGCUGAAUCUAUCAAGAGACAGGUCGGAAUUCAAAGCUAUGACUCCACGCCUGGUCUAUUCACUUACGAUAUGAGGGGUCAUGCUAAUACCAUGAUGCUCAAUCAGGACACUGGUCCUAAGCUCAAUUACAGCGUAUCAAUAGAGCAGCUAUGCAAAGACUUCGUUUUUGUUUUGACUCAGUUUUACAAUUCCCAUUUUGCAAGCGGUUCCUGUCCUCCAAGUAUUUUUCUACUUGGGCACUCUCUCGGUGGUUCUGUCUUGACUAAGAUUGUGUAUGAAAUGCAGCAGGGAGUAAACCCUUUUCCGAAGUCAAUAUCGGAUCUCAUUAAAGGCCUUAUUAUGGUGGACAUAGUGGAAGAUACCGCGGUCAGUGCUCUUGAUUCGAUGGAUAGUUAUCUCAGAGGCGUCCCCAAGCAAUUUCUUACUCUGAAGGAUGCUAUAGACUGGCAUAUAAACACAGGCAUGUUGAAUAACCGUAAAAGUGCAAUCAUUUCUGUGCCAGCAUUGGUUUCCAAGUCAUCUUCGACCAGUGUCUAUCACUGGGUGACAGACCUAAGUAAGACUUCUCCUUAUUGGCACAGUUGGUUCACAGGGCUCUCUUCUCACUUCAUUCAUAUCACAAAUGCUGUCUCAAAAAUGCUAAUUCUUGUCAAUAAUGAUUACCUUGACAAAAAUCUCAUGAUUGGUCAGAUGCAAGGUCGGUACCAGUUACUUGUCUUCCAUAACAAUCAAUUACAGCUAAAGAAUACAUUAACAACACAAACGCAGACUAUAUCUAGUGAAGACUCAGAUCAGCUGGGUCAUUUUGUUCAUGAGGAUAUUCCAGAUAAGGUGGCUAUCAGUAUACUCGAAUUUGUCGAAAGAAACGAUUACCAAGAUCUCUUUAGAAGCGAGAAUGCUACCAUAAACUCAAAGACGGACAUGCUCAAUAAAUUGAACGCAAAAUGGGGGGUUGGAAAGAAAUAA